AGGAGGGGCGCCUCAGACAGAGUGUAUAUGAGACCCUCACAAUCACGGUACGUUGCCCACUUCAGAUCAUCUGCUUCACUCUCAUUCUCCUGCUGGGUCCAAAACAUUUUCCCCUCCAGGUCCACUAUGAUGGGACGACUACUUCUUCAGAGCGCCCUGAUCCUCUGGCUGCUGCAGACGGCGAACACACUGGGUUAUGGUGCUCAAUCUGGAGUACCAAAUGGACAUGGGCCACAAACUAAUGGAAAUGUACCUCAGAAUGGUGGAGCUCUGGGACGAAUGCUGAUGCCAUCGAAAGGUGUGGGUCAGCCAAUGGGUGCACAAAAUGGAUACGGUGGAUACCCCACAAAAGGCAUAGGCUAUGGUGCUGCGGCUGGUAGCACAAAUGGAGGAGGAAAUAAAGGUUAUGGAGCAAAAGCUGGUGCGACAAAUGGACAAGGUGGCAACCCACAAGUAGGAAAUCCAGCAGUCCUACCCAAUGGAAAUGGAGGACAAUCUAAUGGAUAUGGUGUUCAAGCUGGCCCUACCAAUGGACAACAAGUUAAAGGCAAUGGCUAUGGCGCACAAGCUGGCCCCAACAAUGGACAACCAAUUAAAGGCAAUGGUUAUGGUGCACAAGCUCGUGGAAACGGCGGACAACCAACUAAAGGAAAUGGUUAUGGAGCACCAAAUGGAAACAGAGGUCCUUACACCGGUUAUGGUGCUGCUGCUGGAGGGAAUGGAGCUAAACCCAAUGGCAAUGGCGCUGCUGCUGCAAAUAAAGGAUAUGGAACAAAAGGCAAUGGCUAUGCUGGUGGAGCUGGUGUACCUAAUGGAAACGGGGCUAAAACCAAUGGUCAAGGAGCCGGAGCUGUACCAUCAAACGGCAAUGGAGGAAUACCAAAUGGGCAGGGGGGAGCUGGAAUUAAAGCUAUGAAAGCAUAUGGACGACCCACUUAUGGCGCAGGUCAAGGAGCGUCCAGAGGGAUGGGAGUGCCUCAGCUUGCCAGGAACCAAGGAUAUGGCGGCAAUGGUUAUGGAGCUCAACCCAUGGGAGGCUACAAUGGCGGUUAUGGGGGCACCGGUUUGGGACCUCGGUAUGGAAACCGAGGAAUGAAGGGGCCAAAGCAAGGCUAUGGAGCUGCAGGUGGUGUGCCCAAUGGACAAGGUGCAAAACCCAAUGGUAAUGGUAAUAUUCCAAAUGGGUAUGGCGCCAAACCCAACGGAUAUGGAGCUGCAAUGAGACCCCAGCAAGGUUAUGGAAAUGGAGCUGUUCCCAAUGGAUAUGGAGCUAGACCCAAUGGUUAUGGAGCUGGUGCCGGAGCUGGAGCUGGUGCCAACAAAGGCUAUGGAGCUAAACCCAAUGGUUAUGGAGCCGGACCUGGACCCGCAGCUGGAGCUGGAGCUAACAAAGGAUAUGGAGCUAAACCCAAUGGUUACGGAACUAAAGCUGGAGCAGGAGUCGGACCUGGUGCUGGAGCUGGAGCUAACAAAGGAUAUGGAGCUAAACCCAAUGGUUAUGGAACUGGUGCCGGUGCAGGAGUUGGACCUGGUGCUGGAGCUGGAGCUAACAAAGGAUAUGGAGCUAAACCCAAUGGUUAUGGAGCCGGACCUGGACCUGCAGCCGGAGUUGGAGCUAACAAAGGAUAUGGUGCUAAACCCAAUGGUUAUGGAGCUGGAGCCGGAGCAGGAGUCGGACCCGGAGUCGGACCCGGGGCUGGAGCUCGGGCUAACAAAGGUUAUGGAGCCGGACCUGGACCUGCAGCCGGAGCUGGAGCUAACAAAGGAUAUGGUGCUAAACCCAAUGGUUACGGAACUGGUGCCAGAGCGGGAGUCGGACCCGGUGUUGGAGCUGGAGCUAACAAAGGCUAUGGAGCUAAACCCAAUGGUUAUGGAGCCGGAGCUGGACCUGCAGCCGGAGCUGGAGCUAACAAAGGAUAUGGUGCUAAACCCAAUGGUUAUGGAACCGGACCUGCAGCCGGAGCCGGAGUUGGAGCUAACAAAGGAUAUGGUGCUAAACCCAAUGGUUAUGGAGCUGGAGCCGGAGCAGGAGUCAGACCAGGAGUCAGACCAGGAGUCAGACCAGGAGUCAGACCCGGGGUUGGAGCUGGAACUAACAAAGGCUAUGGAGCUAAACCCAAUGGUUACGGAGCUGGAGCCGGAGCUGGAGCAGGUGCUAACAAAGGCUAUGGAACUCAACCCAAUGGUUAUGGAACUGGUGCCGGAGCAGGAGUCGGACCUGGGGCCGGAGUCGGACCUGGGGCCGGAGUUGGACCCGAACCCGGAGCUAACAAAGGCUAUGGAGCUAAACCCAAUGGUUACGGAGCUGGAGCUGGUGCUAACAAAGGCUAUGGAGCUCAACCCAAUGGUUAUGGAACUGGUGCCGGAGCGGGAGUCGGACCCGGGGCUGGAGUUGGAGCUAACAAAGGAUAUGGUGCUAAACCCAAUGGUUACGGAGCUGGAGCCGGACCAGGAGUCGGAGCUGGACCCGAAGCUGGAGCUAACAAAGGAUAUGGUGCUAAACCCAAUGGUUACGGAGCUGGAGCCGGACCAGGAGUCGGAGCUGGACCCGAAGCUGGAGCUAACAAAGGAUAUGGUGCUAAACCCAAUGGUUACGGAGCUGGAGCCGGACCAGGAGUCGGAGCUGGACCCGAAGCUGGAGCUAACAAAGGAUAUGGUGCUAAACCCAAUGGUUACGGAGCUGGAGCCGGACCAGGAGUCGGAGCUGGACCCGAACUUGGAGCUAACAAAGGAUAUGGUGCUAAACCCAAUGGUUACGGAGCUGGAGCUGGUGCUAACAAAGGCUAUGGAGCACAACCCAAUGGUUAUGGAGCAGGUGCCGGAGCUACCAAAGGCUAUGGAGCUAAACCCAAUGGCUAUGGUGUUCCAGCUGGUGUACCUGAAACUGCAUUUACUGGCUACGGGAAGGGUCCAAAGGGUCCAGGUGUGUCCAAUGAAAAGGGCCUAAAAGGUGGAGUUCCCGCACCUGAGCAGCCGAGUGAAACACCUGAAGAGAUUUUUGCAACUCCACAGGAACUAACAGAGGACGUAGUACCUUUUGUCCCCGAGCCGACGAGUGGUAUCGUUGUCAUGGUGACGCAAGAGAAAUAUCAAAAGCAGACGCCACAUUUGACACCAGGAAAGAGCUACAAACAGAAACCCCAGAUCCCUCAGGCUACAGCAGCACCAGAAGCAGAACCAGAAGCAGUACCAUAUGCAGAACCAGAACCAGCGUUUCCUCAGGGAAAAGGCCCAAUGCCUGUAUUUGAACCCACACCUGAGCCAGGACCCAUAUAUCCACAAGGCAAGGGGCCAAAGACCUUCACAUCUGGACCUGUACCAGAGGUUCCUGAGUCCCACCCGGCACCUGGUGUCCCUGAAGGUUUUGUGACUGCAACUGCUGUGCCUGAGCAAAAAGAGGCAGAGACAGAGGUUCUUGUGGAGGUAGACAGUGACAGUGAAGGGGAUGCUGCCCCUAUGAGCACACAACCCCCCACUGUCACUGCAACAGUAGCAGCUAAAAGUAUCACUCCUGAAGUAACUGUGGGUGUGCCUGAGUCCACACCUGAAGAAGCAAACCCAGAGAGUCAGCCUGAGUUCGCACCUGAAGUAGCAAACCCCAAACAUCAGCCUGAGGAAGCACCUGGCAGGGUCCGGGGCAAAGGUCUCCCUACAGGAGAAAGUGGGGAAACUGACAAUGGAGGAGGAGUCGGCAUCACCAAGGAACAAGGAGCUAAACAAAACAAACCUGACUGUGGACCAUCGGGAGUGCCAAACGGACAAUGGAUGAAAAUACCAAGAGCUGGUGCUGGAGCUGGCACCAACACGAAAGGUUAUGGAGCAGGAGCAGGAGCUGGUGUUCCAAACAACAGAUAUGGUGCUAAUCCCAACGGACACGGUGCCAGGGCAGGGGGGGUUUUAAAUGGAGGAGCUAAAGCAAACAAACCAGCAGGAGGCUACAACGCCCCGGCACCCGGCAACGGAUAUGGCGCUGGUCUUGGAUAUCCUUAUGCCCGAAAACCUCAGCAACCCGGUCACGGACAGGGAGCUUACCUCGGAGCUGGAUAUGGAAAUCCAUACGGAGGAAAUACAGGUCAGGGUGAAGCAGGCAAGCCCCAAUCCGGGUAUGGAUACGGCGCUGGUGUACAACCAGACUAUGCAAGUCUUGGUCAAGGUGUACCCACUGCUAAUGGAAAAUCAGGUGGUGCCAAACAGAUGCCUUACAAUGGAGCCCCACUGGUUCCUGCUGGAAUUGAUGGAAUGAGCCAGUUUGAGCCUCAGGCUGCUGGUCUUGGUCCAAAUGGAAAAGCGGGCAGCAUGUACGGUGGAAUGGGAGACUAUGGAGGUCAGACCCCGGGAAUGGGUGCAGAGAAAUCUAACGCCAAGUAUGGCAUUGGUGGGUUGCAAUUUGGUGGACAACCCCUCAAUACAGGUUAUGCUGGGAACCCCUAUGCUAGUGCGGGCAAAUAUGGUGGUCUUGGUGCCGGCAUGGGAGAGAAUCCUGCACAAUACGGAUACGGUGGAUUACCCAACGGUGGGCAGUACCCUGGUGUCGGCAGUAAUGGUAAAACAGCCGGCAAAUACGGUUACGGGAGAAUGCCUUAUGAAGCUCAGCCAGCUGGAAUAAGCCCUGAAGCCAAAUCUGCUGGAACAUAUGGAUAUGGACAUGGAGGUGUACAACCUGACUACGCAAGUCUUGGCCAGGGCGUACACACUGCUAAUGGAAAAUCAGGCGGUCCCAAACAGAUGCCUUACAACAGAGCCCCGAUCGUUCCUGCUGGGCUUGAUGGAAUGAGCCAGUUUGAGCCGCAGGCUGCUGGCCUUGGUCCAAAUGGAAAGCUGAGCAGCAUGUAUGAUGCUGCGUCACAAUAUCAGACUGAACCACUUGGACAGAACGGAAAAUCCACAGGAAUAUACGGUGGUGGUGAAGUUCCCUAUGCACAACAAGCUCCUGUUCUUGGAGGGGAUGCAACAUCUUAUGGGAAAUAUGGAAACCAGGGACAGUACCAGCCACAGCCUUAUGAAACUGCAUCUGAAGUGGAGGGAGAGGGACAGACGCCAGAAAUCGCGGUUGAAGGCGAAAGCAUGUCCCUUGAUAGAUACGAACAUGUGGGCUAUAUCAAUGGAGAAGUUCAGCCAGAAGUUGUUGAAUUCCCUGGAGUUCCCACUUCCAGCCCCACCCUGGCCUACCCCUCGGACCACUCUGACCCCUCCUAUCUGCCUGUGGAGGUCUUCACUCCUGCAGCAGGAGUCGAGGACCUGUCGGACCCCGCCGGCUCUGACGACCUCCUCCUCCACUCUGCCCCCGCCACAGAGACGCAGGGCGGCGCUCAGCCUGAGGAUAUGCAGCAUCAACAGGAGAUGCCCCGUCAGAUACACAUCCAGCAGCAUCUCAAACUGCAUUUUCACCCAAAAGAAGCAGCAAAGACCCGCAAAUUUGAUUUGAAUGGCUUCUUUGGGAAUAGUGGCUAUCAAGGUUAAAACUGCAGACAACGACGAUUAUAACCUUCAUAUGCCGUUGUAUAUUAUUUUUGAAUAUUUCCUAAUUGUAUAUUAUUUUGUCCUGUCUUUUGAAUAGUCCUGGUGUUUUUUGUGUUUGUUUGUAGAGAGAAAACUGCAUUUAGAAUUAUUAGAUUUACUUGUUUAUGUAUAUUUGUAUGUAUCCUAUACAUUACGUUAUCAUCCUGCACUGCCUGCUCACUGCACAGUGCAAAGAUGGAGUUUGUCUGCUGCGAAUAUCAGUGUUGUGGUAGAAGCAGUCUGUUUUGCCUGAUAUUAUCAACUCAUAUAAAUCCUGUAAACAUAGUUCAGUCUAAUUUAUUUUGCUUGGGAAAGGGUUUUUUACUACUUGUGGCAAAUAUCUGUUUAUUAUUGUACCGAAUUUGAAUGAAUAAAACCAUCAAUGAAUACCAACAGUG